AAACUUGGAUCUCUAUUGCUUUCACGAAUACGAAUCCAUACUUUUUUUUCUUUUUCCCCCUUCUUUCUCUUCCCCGAAAGAAACAGCAGCUAAACUCCGGACACAACUUCAUCCCAGAUCGGGAAUCCAUCUCAGACCUCGUCUUACCUCACUAGUGCCCAAGCUCACAUCUCUAUACACCACUCUACGAGUUUCCGCGUGAACAACUCGGCCGAUAGGUAUUCCCCCACACACCGACAACCUUAUUCGGGGGUGUGUUCCGAAGAAAAGGGGUAGGCAUUGCAGAGAAAGAAAGAGAGAUAGAGUAGAUCUGGGUGCGUGGUGGUGAGACCCGAGCCGACCCGGCCCGCGCAAAGAACCCAAGGGAACAAGACAAUGCCGUCCUCGUCGGACAUUGCCCAGUUCACGUCAGUCUUCCGCGCCCAGUCUCUGUCCGACGGCCAGCGCAGGGUGACAAAGCGCAACCGCCAACCCGUCUCGUGCCUCGCCUGCCGCGCGCGCAAGCUGCGAUGCGAUCGCGCCCUGCCGUGCGGUGCGUGCGUUAGGCGCGGGGACGAGGGGGCAUUCUCUGCAUCUACGCGAGGCGGCGCUAAUGCUGGUACCGGUGCCGGUUCUAUUACCGUUUCUGGAAGUGCUGCUAUUCCUGUCUCUUCUGGGGAAGGCAUCGGGAAUACUCUAAGCUCGAGCACUCGAGGAAACGGGAAUCUAGCCGCUGUCACUUCAGAUGGAGCUCCUCGUCAUCGUGGUGGGAGUGGCGCGGGACAGCAGCCGCGUCCGGAGGUUCACUUCCGGCUCCGAAAGCUGGAGGACAUGGUCCAGGACCUCGUCAGGAGGGGCAUGACAUCAUCCAAAGACCGCGACCGGAACGGCGCCCAGCCGGCCCCGGCUCCGGCUCCAGGGUCGCGCCCCACCAAAUCAACCGAGACCGUCGUCAACACCGUACCGACGCCGCCGACGGACUCGGAACCACCCCGGAGCGGAAGCAGCACCGGCGGCGACGACUCCCCAGCCCCGAUCCCCGUCGACGGAGACGACGCCUACUACGGCGCAACACACUGGACGGCCCUCCUCCACCACAUCCGCGAGAUCAAAACGGCCCUCGAACCAGACCCGACCAUCGCCCCCGAACCGCCCGAGGGCGCCGUCUGCGCCAUCGGCCCAGACUUCCUCUUCGGCGCCGUCGUCCCCGUCUCCCUGCCCGAGGUUCUCUACAGCCUCCCUCCGCGACAAGACCUCGACAGGCUCCUCGGCGUCUACUUCAACGCCCGCUUCACCGCCGUACCCUUCAUCCACGUCGGCCGCUUCCAGCGCGAGUACGACGCCUUCUGGGCCAACCCGGAGGCUACCUCCUGGCUCUGGAUCAGCAUCCUAUUCUCCAUCCUCUCCAACGCCACCGUCAUCGUCCGCGGCAAGGGAAACGCCCAAGCACUCGGCCUCAACCCCGCAAAGCUGAAAGAGGCCUCGGCGUACUCGGGCCGCGCGGUCCAGUGCCUCAUCAAGGGCAACUACCUCGCCGCGAGGCCCUACUCCGUCGAAGCGACCAUCCUCAUCGCCUACUCCCGCGCCCUCGGCAGCAGGGACAUGGACCCCAUCCUCUGGAACAUGUUCGGCGUCGCCACCCGCCUGGCCCAGCGCCGCGGCUACCACCUCGAGCCCUCGCACCUCUCGGUCCCCAUCUCCCCCUUUGACGCCGAGAUGCGCCGCCGCGCGUGGUUCUACUGCGAGGCCUUUGACCUCCUGCUCUCCUUCCAGCUCGGCAUGCCCGCCAUCGUCCACGAGGGCGACAACGACGCCCGCGGGCCCGGGAACCACCCAGACGAGGACUUUGACGAACACACGACGACGAUGCCGCCGCCGCGCCCGCCGACGGAAGCCACGCCCGCGCUGUACUACUGCUUCAAGUCCAAACUCUGCCGGAUCCUACGCCGCGUCAUCCGCCACGCCCUAUCCCCCGCGCAGCCCGCCUACACCGAGACCCAGGCCCUCAACGAAUCCCUGCACGCGUGGCACGCCUCCCUGCCCGCCGUGCUGCGCGUGCGCCCGAUCCGGGAGACGGGCUUCGCGGAGCAGAAUUAUACGGUGAUGCAGCGGCUUAUGCUGGAGCUGAUGUACAGUAAGGCGCUGUGCGUGCUGCACAGGCGGUAUCUUAGUCGUGAGAGGGGGUGUUAUAACGGGGACCCGCGGUUCGCUUCGUCGCGGGAGAUUUGUAGGGCUGCGGCGCUGCGGGUGUUGGAUUUGCAUGCCGAGUUUGAUCGGGAGGCGAGUCCGGGUGGGAGGUUGUUUGAGGAUCGGUAUAUGUUGAGUAGUUUGACGUUGCAUGAUUUUAUGAUUGCUGCCAUGGUUGUUUGUUUGGACUUGAAUGAGAGUACGGAUACGAGUGACGAGGACUACGAACGGAAAAUGGACACUCUCAAAACGGCUAGCGAGAUCUGGUCGCGCAGAUCAGACUGCUCCAAGGACGCGAGGCACGCGGCGGCGGUCUUGCGGGCCAUGGUCCAGCGGCUUUCGCGCCAGAGGAAAGAUGUAUCUCGGCACCAGCUCGACAGUACCACGAGAACGACGCCGACGGUGACGUCGAGUACGGAUGGUAGUAGUCUCGACGGCGUAUAUCGAGACCCAAUCCUGUUUAGCGAACCGCUGAAUCUGAACUCUGGGCUUGGAGACGUCGCUGGCUUGUCUGGUCAGGGGCCGGGCCAGAGCCAGGGUCUGGUUGGCGAGGGGGCGUACCGAGGCGAUGAGUUGGAUUUCAUGGCGUUGGAUAAUGCUUUGAAUGAUCCUGCGAGCGUGGACUGGAGCAUGUUGGAUCAGUACCUGAUGCUGGACCGGAAUGGGGAACUGGCGAUGGACGUCUCUCAUGAUUGAAGCUUCGUUGCCUGAUGUCGUCUGAUUACGGUGGAAGAAGUAGAAGAUGAGUCAAUCGGAUAGUAGUAGCGAGUCUAGCCACUCUGUGCCGGAUUGCCAAUCAGGAGACUUGGGAAAUGGCUCAUGUAUAAGAUUCAGGUUCCGUAUCGAGCACCGCCUUAUGAGC